AUGACUUACCUAGCAGUAUUCAUCUCCAACUUUAAUGUUGCUACUUUUAAACCCGCCUUUUUCUUAUUCCAUGUCUUCAUCUCCUUCAUUCUCAUUCUCUCUCAUGGGUCCAUUGCUAAAGCUGAUAAAGUAACUCUACAUAUGGGUGCCAUCAUUGAUUUCGAUUCUCGUAUUGGCAAAGAACAAAAAUUAGCCAUGAAAAUAGCUCUUCACAACUUCAACAACAACUCACAGCUUCACAAGCUCUCUCUUCAUUUCCGAAAUUCUGGCGGUGACCCAAUCCGAUCAGCUCAUGCUGCUGAAGAGCUGAUUAAGGAGAAGCUAGUCGAAGUGAUUAUGGGCAUGGAGACAUGGGAGGAAGCCGCUUUAGUGGCAGACAUCGGAUCCCGAGCUCAAGUCCCGGUUCUCUCAUUUGCAGCCGCUGCUAUUACCCCUCCAUUGAUGCAACUUCGAUGGCCUUUCUUGGUGCAAAUGGUUACUGAUGGCUCCGAACAAAUGAAUUGCAUUGCAGAUGUCGUUCAAUCCUUCAGUCGGCAAAGUGUUGUAGCCAUCUACGAAGAAGACAUCCACGGUGGUGAUCCCGGGAAGUUAACCCUGUUAUACAAGGCCCUUAAAAAUGUUGGCUCUGAUAUAGCCUAUCAUCUGGUCCUUCCACCAUUUUCUGCUCUAUCUAAACUUAAUCCUCAUGAGUUUGUUAAUAAAGAGCUGUCUAAGUUAGAAAACAACACAAAAUCUAGGUUGUUUAUUUUUCUUCAGUCAUCAUUACAGCUGACAAAUCUUUUGUUCAGUGAAGCGAAGAAGAUGAGAUUUAUGCAAAAAGAAUCGGUGUGGAUAAUUGCAGACACCACGUCAAGCCUUCUGAAUUCUGUCAGCCCUCCUGUUGUCUUUGCUAUGGAAGGUGCACUUGUAAUCAAGCCCUACUACUCUGAAAACAGUAAUUCUUUCAAAUACUUCAGUGAGCAGUUUCGCCAAAAAUUCCAAUCAGCGUAUCCUGAGGAAGAUAAGUAUGAGCCGGGAAUUCAUGCGCUAGGAGCUUACGAUAGCAUUAUGACCUUGACACAGGCAAUGAUGAAAACAGAUGGUAAAAUGAGCUCCUCAAAUAUGUUGAGGGAUAGUAUUUUAUCAAGCAACUUCACUGGUUUAAGUGGAGAAGUGCGUUUUCAAGAGGGUAGACUAUCAAGCUCCCAAAAAUUCAGUAUAGUGAACAUUGCCAAUCAGGAAUACAAAAACCUUGGCUUUUGGUCAUCAGAGUCCGGGUUCUCGGAUAGCAUUGCAGGUACCAGAAAAUUUGGUAACGUGAAAGAGUUGGGUGGUUUCGCAGAGGUGAUAUGGCCUGGGGAUCCAGAGCGAAUUCCUGGAGGAAUGGCACCAAUGAAAAUCGCAGUUCCGGGUAGAGGCUCUUUUAAGGAGUUCCUCAAGGCAGAAUCGGAUGAGAAGUCGGAGAAGUACUUUACGGGUUUUUGUAUCAAUGUUUAUAAGGAGGUGCAAAUAAUUUUGGAGCACAGUUAUAAUAUUCAUCUGCCUUCUCCCAUUGAAUUUUACGAGUACGAUGGCAGCUACGACGAUUUGGUUGAAAGUGUUCAGAACAAGACUUUUGAUGCUGCUGUUGGUGACAUAACAAUACUAGCCGAGCGUUGGAACAAAGUGGAAUUUACACAACCAUUUAUCGAGUCAGGUUUGCUGAUGGUAGUUCCAGUGAAGCCUGAAACUUCGAAAGCAUGGUUGUUUCUGAAGCCCUUCACCAUGGAAAUGUGGGUUGCGACAGCGUGCAUCUUGAUCUACACAAUGUUUAUAGUUUGGUCCUUGGAGCAACGUUCCAAUCCAGAAUUUAGUGGCCCAUGGAAGGAAUCGCUUGGCAAUGUGCUUUGGUUCACCUUCUCUACUCUAUUCUUUGCUCACAGGGAGAAGAUUAAAAGCAAUUAUACUCGAACCGUGGUGGUGGUGUGGCUUUUUGUGGUGUUGAUCUUAACACAAAGCUUCACUGCCAGCCUCACUUCAAUGCUCACCGUCUCACGACUCCGGCCUACUGUGACAGAUAUCGAGCUGCUAAAGAGGACACAUGCAACGGUGGGGUGCGAUGGUCCUACAUUUGUUAGGGACUACUUGGAGCAAAAGUACGAAUUUGAACCAGGGAACAUCCUCAACAUCAGCAGCGAAAGCGAAUACCUGAGUGCGUUCGAGAAUGGCACGAUUCAAGCAGCGUUUCUUGAAUUUCCUUAUGCCAAAGUUUUUGUCAACCAAUACUGCAAGCACUACGAGUAUGGCGAUGGAUCAUUCACCAGAAGAUUUGGAGGAUUCGGCUUCGUGUUUCAAAAAGGUUCUGGAUUAGCUGCUAUUGUUUCUGAAGCAAUUCUUAAACUAUCAGAAAAUGGGAGGCUAAAAGAAUUAGAGAAAGUUUUGUUUACUCCCUCCUCGGAGUGUUCAAACUCCCAAACUACCAACGACAACUACAGCUUGAGCAUUCAGGGCUUCUUGGGUCUAUACUUAAUCUCAGCAGGCACUUCCACCAUUUGUCUUCUACUCUACCUAUUGAAGACGCGAUUUUUAACUAAUCCAGAACCUACUAGCAGUAGUAAUAUUCCACAGAUCGAGCUAGUUACAACUCCCGGUGCUCACGGCUGAAAUGUUAUUGGAUUAGUUUUUUUUUUUUAGUUUUUUUUCAAGAUAAAAAGUGUUAGAAGUUAGAUUAGUAGAUAUAUAGUCAAAGCUUGAUACUCAAAGUCCAUAUGAGGCAUUAACCCACUGAAUUGUUGGAUUAGUAAAAAUUAGGAAAAACUUGUAUAGCAAUUUUCUUAUGUAUAAACAGAUAUUAUUUCAUUUAUAAACCUGAUA